UUAAGCUUGGAAUUUUAUCUUCUGGAGACAAAAUAGAUGCUACUAUGUCCCAUCCUUCAAAAGCGAAUCCAAGAGAUAAUGUAACCAUAGCGAAAAGAAUUCCACUCAACCCCAUGCCUAUAAAUUGCUAUUCAAGACUGCCUCACAGAGUCAAGCAAGCACAAAAAAUUAGCCUGAGAGAACUACACACAAAAGGCCUCUUGCCUCAGUUGCCAUGGCCUCGGUCCAGCGCUUCAAGAAAGCCGAGAAAUCCUCCCGCCCACCGAGCAGCUUGGGCCAACGCGCGGGAUAUACAAUUAUCCAAUUCCAGUCGCUUGGCCAGAAAGGGGAUUGCCGUGGCUACAAGGCUGAAGGCUAUGUUGACGUGGAAGGCCGUGGCUACGUGGCUGAAGGCUAUGUUGACGCGGAAGGCCGUGGCUACAUGACUGAAGGCUAUGUUGACCCGGCUAAAGGCCGUAGCUACAUGACUGAAGGCUAUGUUGACACAGCUAAUGGCCGUGGCUACGUGACUGAAGGCUAUGUUGACAAGGCUAAAGGCCGUAGCUACGUGACUGAAGGCUAUGUUGACCCGGCUGAAGGCCGUAGCUACGUGACUGAAGGCUAUGUUGACACGGCUAAAGGCCGUGGCUACGUGACUGAAGGCUAUUUUGACACGGCUGAAGGCCAUGGCUACGUGACUGAACGCUAUGUUGACAGGGCUAAAGGCCGUGGCAACAUGGCCAAAGGCCCCAGCCAGCAGGCCACGGAAAGGGUGAGCCGCAAGAAUCAAACUCAGAGUGGCUACAGUAGUGGGCUUGCCCCUGUCGAAUUCCAGACUGCCUACGGUAAGGGCCCUUUUUGUGAGCGAGUUGUCAAGAAUGUCAGCACGGGCCAAAAGAAUAGCCGUUACCCUAUGCAAUUUGACCAGAAUCACAGCAUGGGCCGAAGCAACGACCGUUACCCUGCUCAAGAGGCCCAGACUCAGAGUAGGGAGUUCAUAACUCGUGACAACAGGUGCAGCGACGGGAGCGGGAGCGAGAAUGAGAGCGACAGCGACGGCUAGUGAAAGGUGAAGAUAUAAAAGGUAGACGACCAGGCACAAGGGAAGCAGCUGCUAGACAUCAUAUCAGAAGAAAGUUCUUUAUCAUCCUAUCCUAAAUAAAUAAGGACAAUUGAGUGAUAUGACUUAUUAUAAAGACCCUUGAUGCAAAUCUUGCACCUAUAAGGGGCCUUGUACCAUGAGUGCUAAUAAUUAAGUUUGCUUAAGAAA